AUGUCGAAUGCACCCUCGCAUUGGGAGAAUGCAGCAAGUCCUCCUCUUCCGCCAUGGCUCCCCCUCAACUUCGUCAAUCGGGUGGAGGCGAUGGCUUUGGCGCACCAGGCGCACCAUUGCGCGAUCUGCCAGCUCUCUUGGGUUGGCCCGGCUGAGUCCUGGCAAAUACACGAGACUGGAAAGACACACCGCAAGCGACUUCUAAAUCCGCGAGCAGCCCCUUCAAGCGACGACACUCAGGCAUGUGGGCCUCAAUGGUCGCGACUGUCCCCGCCAACUGGAUCCAGAAAUCCGACGCAGUCUUCCGCCAUUCAAUUCUGGCCCUGGCCCGGCGACGACUCGACUUUCAACAAGCUCGCUGAGAGGUUCGUCACUCAUCUCUGUCAGAGGUCGACAAGGCAGGUUGACGAUGCCGCUGGUGACGCGGUGACCGAGACUGAGAUGCCUUCUGGGAUUCCUCUGGCUGUGCUCCGGGCACAGAAGGCACGUGAAGUCCAAGACCAGAUGCGCCGAUGCCAACAAGAGCCCGAUGACUUUGACGACAUCGAAGCUCUGUGGGGGUAUGCCAAGGAGAAGUUCGCCUUGCGUUCGGCCAUGGCAUUCAAUGCCAUCACAAAGUUUGCCCCAGCCACACUGAGAGCAAAGCUGGCUGGGCCUUUGCGUGUAGCCGCUUUUGGCGGGGGACCUGCCGCGGAAGUUUUUGCCGCCGUGGUUGCGAGAGAUCUGGCAGAUGGCACCAGCGCCAGACUUGCGGUUUACGAAUGGGUGGAGACGUGGCGCCCGAUCGUGGCAGUCGUUUCUAAGCUCAUCGGCGAAGACAUUGAGUAUCAUCAUUGCGACGUCUCCAAGUCCUUGUUCGACGACGCGAAUAGUCACCUGCAGCCCGCCGACCUGCAGUACGACUUGCUGAUCUUCUCGCAUGUUCUCUUGGAGUGUGGACGAGGAGACGGAGAAGCGCCACUGCAGUUCUUACGAGAUCUCUGGGGAUGCUGUGAUGGCACUGUUUUGGUGCUGGAUGCUGGGCAAGCGCGGGGCCGCGGCUGUCGCUCACGUCCUCUGGCGGGAUCACUGCGACAAGUGCAGAUUCUCGCGAGCGACAUUGACGCGGAGCUCGUACGCAUCAAUGGGGCAAGUAGAACAGACGGAGUUUUUCUUUGUCGAGGCGAACCAACACGGAGCGAAUCUGAAAAAAGCUCGCGUGCUGCCCAUCUUAUGCACAGUGCUGUAGGAGGUGAGCUCGCCCCAAGAGUUCUUUGCUGGAAAGUCAUCACGCACUGGAACCUAAGCUCAGAGGCAGCAGAUCCACAGUUUGAAGUGGGUGUGACCGAAGAGGACGAUGAGGCUGAGGCGGAUGACCAGGAGACCGACGAAAAGAUCAUUCGUCCGAAGCGGGAGAAGGCCUGCCUGACCUACACCCUUGAUGAGCAGUACGAGGACUGCUUGAAGAUAUGUGGCCUGUGCUAUUCUCUGUUCCAUGCAGUUUUCUCAGCACCUGAGACCAGAACACAGUUGUUCAAGGACGUGAAGAUAGAGCAGCCGGCCGACAUGCCCGCCUACACCAAACCGGAGUGGGCCACUGCCAAAACCAAGAUUUUUGAUAGGUUCCUGGAGAAAGUCCAGAAGAUGCUUGGAGAGAAGUACUUGCACUUCCUUUUCGGGCAGGUGGAAAUCGUGCGCGGGUCUCGACUUCAGCGUGUGUACUUCCUGGUGCCGAAGGCGAUCCGAGUUUUGAAAAACCACUCCCUGGUGCACAAGUGGCAAGAGGAAUGCCUCGUCAACGUGAAGCGCACAUCACCUGAGGCACAGAUCGAUGACUUUGCUGAUUUAGUGAACGGGGAGUACAUCUCCUUCGUUCAGAAGCAGUUCGACCUCUUGGGAAAGCCAUGGCCUUUCAACAGAGCGGGAGAAGUCAUCGCGCUUUGCAUCAAUUCGACGAUGCUCACAACUGCCAUCAUCAACAGCAUCCUGGUCUUCGUGUACACAAGCUCAUAUUCUGAGCAUUCUAUUCUGGAGCAAGACAUCCACUAUCCGAACCAGCUGUCGGUGUACAUCCUGACGUUCUUCGCUGGAAUCCACUUCAGUCUUUCAUUGCUGUGGCUUGGAUUCUACGUGCUUUCGUACAGUGGCUGGAUCAUCGAGACAAAGGUGGACAAGUGGCGUGAAGAGAAUCCGCAACUGCAGAGCCAGCUGAACAACUUGCUCUACCGGCUCAGCUUGCAGGCAAAAUUCUUCUGCGGCGACAAACAGCUCCUCUACACGUUGUUUCUGCUGGCUUUCUCCUUCCUUGGACUCUUUGUCAGCUUUCUCUUCAAUGCCGUCAACACAAUCGACCUGUGCAUGCGCAUCCCCAUCUUAGCCAAAGUGAUUGAGUCCAUGACACAAAGCGUGGAACAAGUCGCUGGCACCAUGGUUCUGGGCUUCUGCAUCCAGUAUAUUGCCGUCGGUGCCGGGUUCCUCCUCUUCAGUCAGGGCUAUGGCUUUGCUGAUAAGGACACCUCCGCCUGUUCCACCUUGAUGGAGUGUCUCCGCGCGCACUUCGACUAUGGGUUUCGCAGUGCACCGGUCUGGAGCGGUCCGAAGCUCACCUACACGCGAUUCACAUUCGACUACGUCUAUAAUCUGGUGAUCAUUCUGAUCAUGGCGGCAAUUAUUUCAGGAAUUAUCAUCGAUGCAUUUGCCGACCUAAAGGAGGAGCAGAAGAGUAUCGAGGAGAAGAUGAAGUCUAGUUGCUUCAUAUGCUCCCUCAGUAAGUCUGAGCUGGAGCGCAAAAGGGUGAAGUUCGAGAACCACAUCCUCAAGGAACACUACAUGUGGGCUUACGCUCGAUUUCUCUUGUAUCUGGAAGAGACUGAUCCAGCCGAGCUGAAUGGCCCAGAGAGCUAUGUGAAGCAGCAGAUCAAGGAGAACAACACCGGCUUCUUCCCCAUCGCGCGCUGCAUCGCCAUGGAGUCGAGUGAUGCUGGCGAAGAACAUCUUGAGAGGGAAGUUCGGGUGAAAGACCUGGAUGAGUUCAAAGAGAAGAUCAAUUCACUGGCAGAGGACACAGAGAUCAUGGUGCAAACCGAGCGGGGAAUGAAGGCCGACAUGAAGGAGCUGAGGGAUGUCGUGACGCAGCAGUCACAGAAAGUGCAGGCAUUGAACCAGCUUCUCGCAUCGGAUGAAGAUGGGGAGAAGAAGAAGAAAAAGAAGACGGGCUGA